GCCCUCGCCCCUGCAGCGGACUGCGGUGCUCAUCAGACCUGAGCAGUUGCUCCGGCGGCGCUCAGGGAGGGAGCCAGCCUGGGGCCCAGGCCCGGGCCACCAUGGCGCUGCCUCCAGGCCCAGCCACCCUCCUGCACACACUGCUGCUUCUGCCAGCCCUUCUGAGCUCAGGUUGGGGGGAGUUGGCGCCACAAAUAGAUGGUCAGACCUGGGCUGAGCGGGCACUUCGGGAGAAUGAACGCCACGCCUUCACCUGCCGGGUGGCAGGGGGGCCUGGCACCCCCAGAUUGGCCUGGUAUCUGGAUGGACAGCUGCAAGAGGCCAGCACCUCAAGACUGCUGAGUGUGGGUGGAGAGGCCUUCUCUGGAGGCACCAGCACCUUCACUGUCACUGCCCAGCGGGCCCAGCAUGAGCUCAACUGCUCCCUGCAGGACCCCAGCAGUGGCCGGUCAGCCAACGCCUCUGUCAUCCUCAAUGUGCAAUUCAAGCCAGAGAUUGCCCAAGUCGGCGCCAAGUACCAGGAAGCUCAGGACUCAGGCCUCCUAGUUGUCCUGUUUGCCCUGGUGCGUGCCAACCCGCCUGCCAAUGUCACCUGGAUCGACCAGGAUGGGCCAGUAACUGUCAACACCUCUGACUUCCUGGUGCUGGAUGCACAGAACUAUCCCUGGCUCACUAACCACACGGUGCAGCUGCAGCUCCGCAGCCUGGCGCACAACCUCUCGGUGGUGGCCACCAAUGACGUGGGUGUCACCAGUGCCUCGCUUCCAGCCCCAGGGCUCCUGGCUACCCGGGUGGAAGUGCCACUGGUGGGCAUUGUUGUGGCUGCUGGGCUUGCCCUGAGCACCCUCAUGGGGUUCAGCACUUUGGUGGCCUGCCUGGUCUGCAGGAAAGAGAAGAAGACCAAAGGCCCCUCCCGGCGCCCAUCUCUGAUAUCAAGUGACUCCAACAACCUGAAACUGAACAACGUGCGCCUGCCACGGGAGAACAUGUCCCUCCCAUCCAACCUUCAGCUCAAUGACCUCACUCCAGAUUCCAGGGCAGUGAAGCCAGCAGACCGGCAGAUGGCUCAGAACAACAGCCGGCCAGAGCUUCUGGACCCGGAGCCUGGUGGCCUCCUUACCAGCCGAGGUUUCAUCCGCCUCCCAAUGUUGGGCUAUAUCUAUCGAGUGUCCAGUGUGAGCAGCGAUGAGAUCUGGCUCUGAGACAAGGAUGUUCUCUUGGCCUCCGGACACCCUUCCAUUCCUCCACGGCAUCCUCUGCCUAGCUAUGUUGCCAGUGUGAACAGGUCAUGCCACUGCCACUUUUGCUUGCCCUCCUAGCUGUGGUGCCCUCUGACAUGCACAUGAUACAUUUCACUGGGCUCUAACCCACAGGGGGACAGGUAUCUUUGGCAAGGCUGCCAGUUGGACCUAAGCCCCUCAUGCUGACUCAGGGUGGGGCCUGCAUGCGAUGACUGGGCCCUUCCACAGGGAGCUCUUUGGCCAGGGGUGUUCAGAUGUCAUCCAGCAUCCACGUGUGGCUUGGCCUGCUGUAUGCCCCACAAGGGCCCUGCAUGGAUUUUCCUCCUUCCUAUGCUAUGUACCCUCAGGUAAAAUUUAGGACCCUGCUAGCUGUGUAGAACCAAACUGUCCUUUGCACAGAAACCAACCCCUGGUCCAGGGGCACUGGCCAAGCACAAACGAGUCCUUUUUGCUGCAGAGUCCUCUCUGCCCUUCUCUGUCCUUUCUGUCCCCACCUCCUCUUGGGAAUUCUAGGUUAUUUGUUGGACCUUCUCUGCUUCUUCACUGGGCACUAGACUUUUCUAUUGGCCUGUGCCUCGCCCAGUAUUAGCACAAGUCAGGGAGGAAGAGGGAGGUGAUUAGUCCAGUAGCACCCAGGACAGCUUGUAGCUAUGCAUCAUUUUCAUACGGUGUUAGCACUUUAAGCACAGCCCCUAGGGGAGGGGGUGAGUGAGGGGCCCAGAGCCCUCUUUCUUUGUGGCUUCCCCAAGUUUGGCCUUCUGUGAAUCACUGUGAGUGUCCUGAGCUCUCGGGAUUGAUGGUUUCCCUCUCAGCUUGUCUCCUCCACCAUGGGACCCCAGCCCUGAUCAACCCCUGGUUGCCCCAUCGGCAGGAAGCUGCCCUUCCUGGAGGAUGGUCACCACAGGCACAUAAUUCAACAGUGCUGGAAGCUUUAGGGGGAUGUGGAGAAAGGAGGAGACCACAUACCCCAAAACGACCUAAGAACACUUUAAAACACAACAUGUAAAUGAUUGGAAAUUAAUAUAGUACAGAAUAUAUUUUUCCCUUGUUGAGAUAUUCUUUUGUAAUGUUUUCAUGUUACUGCCUAGGACAGUGCUGAGCACACAGUAAGUUUAAUAAACUUGACUGAAUGAAUUUA